AACACAUAAUUCAAAUCCCCUUCUCUCUGUUUCUCUCAAUAUUCUUAGAGUAAGAAAAAAAAUCGCCAAGAAAUAAUGGCAUGCAAUUUGGUAAAGAAUGCUGCGCUUACUAACCAAGUAGAGGCAGCCAGAGGCAUAGCCAGAUCACAUGUAAAGCUUGGGAAAUUAGGAAUUGGGUCAGCCAUUUUGGCAACAACAAAGAAGAAUAUGCCAACAAUAAAGAUGCAGCUUCUAACUGAUGACCCCAAAAAUAAGUCCCAAAAAUUAUCAAUUGGGGAAUUGGGAAAAUUUGGGAAAUUUGGUGGCAAGUUUGUGCCCGAGUCUCUAAUCACCUGCUUGGGCAAAUUGGAAGCUGAGUUCAACUUGGUUUUAAACGAUUCCAAAUUUCAGGAGGAGUUGGAGGUUGCGUUGAGGGAUUUUGUUGGGCGAGAGACGCCGCUAUAUUACGCGGAGAGGCUAACAAAGCACUACAAAAACGAAGAGGGAAAGGGGCCUGAAAUAUACAUAAAAAGAGAAGAUCUGAACCAUUGUGGUGCGCAUAAGAUGAACAAUGCGAUCGCACAGGUUAUGAUUGCGAAGCGCAUGGGGCGGAAGAGCGUGGUAGCGGCCACUGGGGCUGGCCAGCACGGCGUUGCCACGGCAGCUGCCUGCGCCAAAAAUGAUUUAGACUGCACCAUUUUCAUGGGCUCUGAAGAUAUCAAGAAGCAAUCUUCAAACGUCCUUUUAAUCAAAUUGCUGGGUGCUCAGGUGAAAUCUGUGGAGGGAAAUUUCAAGAACGCAACAUCAGAAGCGAUAAGACAGUGGGUGGGGAACUUGGAAAUGAGCUAUUAUUUGACGGGCACAGUGGUAGGGCCGCAUCCAUGUCCAGAUAUGGUUAGGGAGUUUCAGUCCGUGAUUGGGAAAGAGACGAGGAGACAAGCCAUGGACAAAUGGGGGGGCAAACCAGAUGUGCUUUUGGCUUGCAUUGGGAGUGGCUCAAAUGCCUUGGGUCUCUUCCAUGACUUCAUCAAAGAACAAGAUGUGAGGCUGAUCGGAGUCGAGGCCGCCGGCUUUGGGUUGGACAGUGGAAAGCACUCUGCAACUUUAUCUAAAGGUCAUGUUGGGGUUUACCAUGGUGCUUUGAGCUACCUUUUGCAAGAUGAUGAAGGCCAGAUUUUGAACCCUCAUUCCGUUGGUGUAGGGCUGGAAUAUCCAGGAGUAGGGCCGGAACUGAGCUUUCUGAAAGAAAGUGGGAGAGCUGAAUUCCACACGGCGUCCGACACGGAGGCGGUAGAAGCUUACAAACGGCUUUGCAAGUUGGAAGGCAUAUUCCCAUCGUUGGAGGCUUCUCAUGCCUUUGCUUAUCUUAAUAAGCUUUGCCCCACUCUGCCAGACGGCUCCAAGGUGGUAGUUAAUUGCAGUGGUCGUGGUGAUAAAGACGCUGCUAUUGUUUUCAACUACCAACACUAAAUAUUUUUCCUUUAACUAUUUCCCAAUUACAAAUUUCCCUUGGCUAUCAUUAUCAUUACUUGUAAAUAAAAUAUUUUUAUUAUUUUAGUUUUUAUGUACCAACCUGUUUGGUGAGUUUAUAUACAAACAAAA